GGUACAGGUAAAGCACGGAUAUGUUCAGUGCUGUGUUUCUUUCCCUGGGCUUGCUGAUGAUGGUGCAGAUAACUGAUGGAGAACUGGAUUACACCUCACAGGGGCAGGGGAUGCAACUGCAAGGCAACUUCUCCAUCACAGGAAUGUUUCCUCUGCACAGCAACAAUGAGCUGAGCCCUGGUUUGCCUGCGCUGGGUCCAUGUAAUGAAGGGACGCCCAACAAACACGGCUUUCACCUAAUGCAAGCUAUGAGAUUUGCCGUGGAAGAAAUUAACAACGGCAGUGGACCACUGCCUCUUUUACCACGAGUGAAGCUGGGCUACCAGAUGUAUGACAUCUGCUCCCUGCCAGCUAGUAUCCUGGCCACAGUGGACCUGCUGGAGCAGCAGAACCAGAGCACAUCUAUACCCGAGACAGAGGGAGACACAGACUACAGUAAAACAGCACUGGCAGUGAUAGGGCCAGACAGCAGCAGCAACUCGUUCACCCCUGCUUCUUUAUUUGGGGCCUAUCUCAUACCACAGAUCUCUUAUGAAGCAUCAAAUGAAAUGCUAAGCAACAAGAUGCUCUAUCCAGCCUUUUUGCGCACGAUUCCCAGUGACAAGAACCAGGUCAGUGCUAUGAUCCAGCUUUUAAUUCGUUACAAAUGGACAUGGAUCGCUCUCUUAGGGAGUGACAAUGCGUAUGGCCUGUCAGGCAUGAGGAGUCUUUCCCAACAAGCACCACGGCACGGCAUCUGCAUUGCAUACCAAGGAAUCAUCCCCUCAUUUAGCCCCGACAAAAUCCAGACCAUGAGGAACAUGGUGGACAACAUACUGAAGACCAAAGUCAACACCAUCGUUGUCUUCUCUAGCAAGUCAAAACUUCGCGACUUCUUCCCAUUUGUCAUUGAGCGUAAUGUCACAGGUAAAGUGUGGGUGGGAACGGAGGACUGGUCUGUAGCUACUCUUAUAUCAGGGAUACCUGGGAUCCACACCGUUGGUACUGUGAUUGGUGUCUCCAUCAAAUCUGCAUCUCUGUCUGGUUUUGAGGACUUUGAGAGAAAGGUAUUUCAGGCUUCACUGCAACAGAGCGCCACGCAGAAUGGCAAUGGCACCAUGAGCGGAGGAAAUGAUUGUUUACAGAGCACAGACCUGUACAGCCUCGCUAAGAAGAAUUUCUUACUGGAGGAAUAUGACAUCACCUCCUCCUUCAAUGUGUAUAAGGCAGUCUACGCCGUGGCUUAUGCUCUGCAUCAAGCUCUCAACUGUGAUUCUGGAGAGUGCCAAAGGAGGAGGGUGUACCCAUGGGAGCUUCUCUUGUGGCUUAAGCAGGUGCGAUUCUCGCUGGGCAACACCUCAGUGUACUUUGAUGAGAACGGUGACCCGUACUCAGAGUAUGACAUUGUGUCCUGGGUCUGGAGGCAGACUGUGUGGUCUCUCAGAGUGGUGGGCUCCUUCCGUGCUGAUUCCUUUACACUCACAAUUGACGAUGAUCAAAUUGAGUGGCACGACAGAGCACAGUCAAACUCGGUGCCUCUGUCUAUCUGUUCUCCUCCCUGCCCAGAGGGCCACAAGAAGCUGCUGACAGGACUCCACACCUGCUGCUUCGACUGCCAGGCCUGUCCUGCUGCCACGUUCCUCAAUAUCAGUGAACCCACCACGUGCCAGCCUUGUCUGCCGGAGCAGUGGGCUCCUCCCCGCAGCGAUCAAUGUCUAAAUAGGACUGUCCUGCUGCUUGCCUGGGACGCCCCACUCUCCAUUGCACUACUCUUCUUUCUUGCCACCUGUCUUCUCAUGACCCUCAGCUUUGCAGUAAUUCUGCUGCUUAACCUGAAAACGCCUGUGGCCAAGUCUGCUGGAGGCCGCACCUGCCUCCUGAUGCUGGCAGCCCUGACGACUGCCACCAUGAGCUCUUUGUGUCAUUUUGGCCCACCAUCUCCUCUGGCCUGUAUUCUCAAGCAGCCUCUAUUCAUCAUCAGCUUCACUGUGUGCCUGGCCUGCAUCACCGUGCGCUCCCUCCAGGUUGUCUGCAUUUUUAAAUUUGCAUCGAAGCUGCCGCCGGUCUAUGACAAAUGGGCCAAAAAGCACGGGCCAGAGUUGACCAUUUUCCUGUUGUCUUUCACCAUCUUGUUUAUUUCUGUUCUACGUGAGGGCGUCAACCCUCCUCAGCCGACUCAGGAUCUUGACUUCUACCACGACAGCAUUGUCCUGGAGUGCAGUAACACUGUCUCACCAGGCUCGUUCACUGAACUUGCUUAUGUCUUUCUGCUCAGCAUCCUUUGCUUCUCUUUUAGCUACAUGGGGAAAGACCUGCCAGCAAACUACAAUGAGGCCAAGUGUGUCACCUUCAGCCUCAUGGUGUACAUGAUCUCCUGGAUGAGCUUCUUCACUUUAUACCUCAUCACCAGAGGCCCGUUCACCAUGGCCGCACAUGUGUUUGCCAUACUCUUCAGUGUCCUGGCCUUGCUUGGCGGCUACUUCCUGCCCAAAAUCUACAUCAUUGUCCUGAGGCCGCAAAUGAACACAACUGCACAUUUCCAGAACUGCAUUCAAAUGUACACCAUGAGCAAACAGUGA